GAAAACAACCCCCACCAAAUCGCCACUAGGUAUUAGAAUUUCGGCGAUUACUUCAUCCAUCUGAAUGAUUCCUUUCUGCAAUUUUUGCACAAGUCCCCCGAUAAGUACCUCAAAAUUUUAACAUAACCUAGAGUAUCCUAUCGUCCCUCUUUACUAAAAUAUUUUGGUCUAAAACUGGAGUUGUCCGGGUUCCGUUAUCACAACAUUCCUGGCGCUAGUGUAAUCUAGUUUUCAAGAUAAUCCAGAUAAAGCCUCACAAGCCCCUCCCCCUCAUUCAUUCACCUCACCAAAAAAAAACAAAAACCUACAUAAAUUUGACCAACUAGGUUUGACAACUUAGGAAUUUCGUCGGUUCGGAGUUUCCGUCGUUAGAAUACCCUAAACUUAACAAUCUUAUAUCGACUUCCCCCUCAUCAUUAUUUAACAACAGUCUAAAGUGGUUCACUCUCAAUCGUCCGAAUCGUCCGGUAGUUUGACCAUGGCUACCAUCACGGGGAGCCGACCGUCAGGCGGUGCCCUAUCUUCAACGCAGGAUCCUGCAGCGUCUUCUCAUCAGUUCACUUGUAACACAUGUCAAGUAGCAUUCCGCUUUGCUGACACUCAAAAGGGUCAUAUGAAAAGCGAUUGGCAUCGAUAUAACCUCAAACGUCGUGUUGCGACAUUACCACCUAUCUCGUCCGAGGUGUUCACUGAAAAGGUUAUCCAGGCCCGCGCUGAGACUAGUGCCGAAGCAGACCGUGCUGGCUUCCAACAAAUUUGUGAAGUCUGCCAACGAACAUAUUACAGCGAAAAUUCUUUCCGAAAUCACAUUUCGAGCCAGAAGCACAAGGCAAAGGAAGCUGCCGUACAGCGCCGGGGACCUAGUCAAGAUGAUGCUAGUUCCGUUAUGAGUUCUACAUUUUCCUUAGAACCUGUAGCCACCGAAAGCAAACAAGUUGAUUCUGAAGCUGAAGAGGAAUUUAAUGAAGUUGUUGAAGGUCUUCAGAAAACUAGCCUUACAGAACGUUCAUCUCCGUUAAAGCGACCGUCAAAUCCUCAUCCAUCAGCAGAAGCACAUCGCAAGAGAGAACAUCCCAUUUCAGAAGCAGAUGAUUUAGCGGACCCUAGUGAGGCCGCUUCCAGCACAUCGACGCCGAUUCCAAAUCUGACGCUCAAGUCAUGCUUGUUCUGUAAUUACGAUUCACCGACCGUCUCCCUAAACGUUGUUCACAUGGAGCGCAUCCACAGCAUGUUCAUUCCUGAGAAGCAGUAUUUGGUCGAUCUUGAUGGUCUUAUUGGUGCGUUGCAAGAGCGGGUCCAUGAAUUCCAUGAAUGCCUGUAUUGUGGGAAAGUCAAGAAUACGGCAAUUGCUAUACAGACUCACAUGCGAGAUAAGGGUCAUUGCAAAGUACCUUAUACAACCGAGGAUGAGCAAGUCGACAUUGGUGACUAUUAUGAUUUUCGGGCCACGUAUUCGGAUGACGAAGACUCCGAAGAUGAGAUCGAGGAUGGUAAACAAAAUGGUGGUGCUAAGCUUGGAGCUAGGCGCUCAGCGAAGGCGGUUGGUGAGGACGGAGAUGAGGUUAUGGAGGACGAAGGUUGGGAGACAGACAGCUCUACUUCGUCAUGUAAUUCCGAGGAGUUGGGCUCUAUUCCGGUCGAUCAACAUAUCCACCAAUACGAACGACUCGACAAGAACCCCCAUCACACAUCCCAUGAUCCUCGACAUCACCAUCAGAUGGAUGGAUGGCAUUCCCAUGCCCACAAGCACCGUGCCAUUUUCUACGAUGAUACCGAGCUACACCUUCCUUCCGGUCGUGCGGUCGGCCACCGAUCUUUAGCUAGAUAUUAUCGUCAGAACCUCCACAACUAUCCCUCGGCUGCCGAGCGUGCGGAGAUGCUUGCUAUCGAGGCAGCAUCGCCCGAAGAUGAUGCCAUGGACGUUGAUGGUGUCAAGAACAGUAACGGCCAAGUUGCUCGGCGCCAGGACCGUGGACGGAAUAGCGCUGUUGUAAGCCGGGCGAAUGGCGGAACCGGCAUGUUAGGAGUGACGGACCAAAAGAAGAAGGAGGUGACCCGUGCCGAGCAACGAGGCCGCAAGCAAGAACACAAGGCAACGAGACAGAAGGAGUGGGCUGUCAACAAGCAGGCAAACCACCAAAAGUAUUACAACUACCAGAUCUUGUGAAGCCCUUCACAAGAUUUUCAGUUCAUAGGCAUAUAUCAGGGGCUGAAAUAUGGCUACGAACAAUUGCAUGUUGCUUCGAUUGCGAAUCAAGUUCACGGUACCGAGUUAAUCGGCACAUGCUUAGGUAGCACGAUAUGCAUUGCUGAAUAGAAGAAAAAAAACUCGUUGCCUUAAUGGAUCUGA